AUGUCGACUCCCGCCUCGCAGCGCAUCGAGGCGCCGGUGACCUUCAAGGCCUACCUCAUGUGCGGUUUCGCCGCUUUCGCCGGCAUCCUGUUCGGAUACGACACGGGCUACAUCAGCUCCGUCAUUGGCAUGGAGGCCUUCAAGAUCCAAUAUGGACAUCAAGUGCCAGUGACCGAGGAGAACCCUAACGGCUACGCCUACUACACCUGGCAGAAGUCUUUGAUUGUCUCCAUCCUCUCCGCUGGCACCUUCUUUGGCGCGCUUCUUUCAGGCUAUCUGGCCGACAAAAUCGGACGACGAACCACCAUCAUCGGCCCGGGAUGUGGAAUCUUCGCGAUCGGGGUCGUUGUCCAGGUCGCCGCGGCCAACAUUCCAGGCCUCGUGGUUGGAAGAUUCGUUGCAGGACUUGGCGUCGGCUGUGUCUCAGCCAUCAACAUCCUCUACAUGUCGGAAAUUGCCCCAAGAAAGGUUCGAGGAGCCAUUGUUUCGGGAUACCAAUUCGCCAUCACCAUCGGCAUCAUGUUGGCCAGUUGUGUUGGAUACGCGAAUGAGAAGUACAUGCAUUCUGGAGCAUACCGCAUUCCCAUCGGCAUCCAACUGCUUUGGGCCGUCAUACUCGCUGUAGGAUUAUUCUUUCUUCCAGAGAGUCCUCGAUACUGGGUCAAGAAGAAUCGAUUGGACAAGGCAACACACGCACUGGCUCGGGUACGCGGUCAACCAACGGACUCGGAAUACAUCGAGGAUGAGCUCGCAGAAAUCGUUGCCAACUGUGAUUACGAACGCCAGGUCGGCGAAGUCAGCUGGCUCGGAUGCUUCUCAGGCGGAAUCACCAACUCCAAUUCCAACGCCCGCAAGGUCUUCAUCGGUACCGCGCUGCAAAUGAUGCAGCAGUGGACUGGCAUCAACUUCAUCUUCUACUACAACGUCACCUUCUUCAAGGACCUCGGCAUCAGCAAUGCUUUCCUGGUUGGUAUGGUCACCACCAUCGUUAACGUCGCUGGCACACCCUUUUCCUUCUAUGCAAUCGAGAAGUUCGGCCGGAGAGCACUGCUCGUCUAUGGGGCCUUGGCCAUGUGCGUGUGCGAGUUCAUCAUCGCCGGCGUGGGCGUCUCCUUCGACUCAUCUGCGACUACCAAGGUGCUCAUCGGCUUUGUCUGCAUCUACGUCUUCUUCUUCGCCUCGACUUGGGGUCCCACAGCCUGGGUCGUCAUCGGCGAGAUCUUCCAACUCCCCAUCCGCAGCAAAGCCGUCGCUCUGAGCACCGCAUCCAACUGGUUCUGGAACUGCAUCAUCGGCGUCAUCACCCCCUUCAUCGUCGACCCACCCAACGGCCUCGGCGUCAAAGUCUUCUUCGUCUGGGGCAGCACCUGUCUCCUCUGCGCGCUCUUCGCCUGGAUCUUCGUCCCGGAGACAAAAGGCCUGACCCUAGAACAGGUCAACGACAUGAUGGAAGAAACCCCCGCCUACACCUCCCGCCACUGGCGCCCCCGCACGACCUUCAUCGACCAACAAGACCUCUCGGCCUACGGCCGCCGCAGCGCCCCGAGCACCAUGGACGGCGCGCAGCCCAAGAUGGAGAGCUUCAUAGAAAUGGGUCGGUGA